AUGACUGCGGUGCCUGCGUAUCUGCAGAGCAAACACACGACGAAAAAGCCGCAACAUCCAUGGCGCCCUCACAGGCGCUCGUUUUUUAAUGUUGGAAGCUUCCUUGGACAAGGACCCCUUGGAGGCGGUGGAUCGACACCAUCGACAAAAAGGUACCAAGAAACGGUGAUUCUCCCAUACACUCAGCAAGAACUGUAUGCAAUUGUGUCUGACGUGGACUCCUACAGUCAAUUUUUACCAUACUGCCAAAAAUCGCGCGUCCUAGGGCCCUCACGAAGUGUACGCGCACAAGCAAACCAAGAAAACGCCAACAAGAUUGUCGAUGCCGAGCUCACCAUAGGGUUUUCAGCCGUGCACGAAAGCUAUAUAAGCGAGGUAUCCAUGCGUCCCUAUGAAUGGGUCCGGGCACAAGCGAAGCCAUCACCCUUGUUCCAUGAGCUGCACACGACGUGGCAAUUUAAGGCAUUACCACCACUAUCACCGUCCACCACUACACAAAGCACCGGACAGCUAGGUGCACAAGUCACAUCGAGCACUCCACGGACACAGGUUUCAUUUACACUGGCGUUUGCAUUUUCUAGUCAGCUAUACGCGGCAUUGGUCGGUCAAGUGUUUGAGUCACUGUCCUCACGCAUGAUCGAAGCAUUCCGUGCUCGCGCUCACACUGUCUACGGACCACGACGACGCGUGUGA